CAUUCUUACAUCAAUCUUAAGACAUUUUACAAAUUUUCUUUUAAAAAUGCAGAACGAGCAAAACGAAGAGGAAGGUGUUGUUACCGAAAAUGAAACCUCACACGCUAAAGGACCUACUAUGAAAUGGGAUUUACUUAAUUCAGAAUUUAUGUACUACAGUUCAGUUUUAAAAGUGGUAGCUCCGGCUGUAUCAUCUGAUUUGGAACGGCAAAAAAUUUUACCUUGGGUUCAAAAACUUUUCAGACCUGAAUACCAAACAUCUCCAUUAAGAGAAAAACGAAAUAAAUAUUUAUUAGCAUUAACCUUAACAAUCUUAAGUGACGAACUGUUUGGAAUAUUCGCUGAUGCACCACCUGACCUUCUUCCUGAACUAGGAGAGUUCGACUACGAACCGGUUCCCGCUGCAGAGUGGGAAAUUGACUCAAUGUGGCCUGAGACUUUAGCAAAUCUUCCCGAAGAUUUCAAAAAAUUAGAUUGUUCCGUUCACUCAAGUAGAGCAGAAUGCGACAAAGACCAUAAGUUAGAUAAAAUCUUAGACCAAGAGUUCCAAUUUUUGCUUUACUUAACAAAACCGUACGCCGCCCUUCUUGAAGGUAGAUACGAAAGCACGCGAGUUGCCACGUGGGUGCAAACUCUUUGUACGAUCCAUGAUGAGUCAUGUUCAAGCAUGAGAGGAAUCCGAAACGAUUAUAUCAUGGCUUUGUUGGGAUAUCUUCACGAUUUGAGACUGAUCGGUCCUUUUGCUGAGUACCCUCCUUGGAGAACACUUCGUCCUUUAGCAGAAGCUGCUAAAUUGGCUUGCGAACAUAAACCUGUUACCGAUCCUACAAGUCCUGAUGCUUCAGAAUUUUUAGCACAUCAACCGAUUCCCAGCGAGGGUGCAUUUUGUUAUAUUGCUAUAACUGGUGAUCUUAUUAAAAGUAGUUUUGAUGGCUCUGCUAUAUAA